AUGGGUGGAGUGAAAAAAGCUCGAUGCAACUACUGCAAUAGUGCUCUUGUAGCUAACGGGACAUCUACUCUACGGACCCACAAGGAUAAUUGUUUGGCAAAGAUAGCAAGGGGUGAUCUUGUAGUCGAGCUUCCGUCAUCUUUUGAAGGCCAGGUACACACUCUUGGUUCUUGGCAAUUUAAUCAGACUGAUGCUAGGAGAGCUUUAGCGGAGAUGAUAAUUCUAGAUGAAUUGCCAUUUAGAUACGUUGAACAUGAAGGGUUCAAACGCUUUAUGUCCCGUGUUUGUCCUAUGUUUGUGCUGCCUAGCCGACAAACUGUUAGAGAAGAUUGCAUCAAGGUGUUUUUUGAAAACAGAGAUAUGUUAAAGGAUUAUUUCAAAGCUAAAUGUUUGGGGAUGGUAUCUCUCACAACUGAUUGGUGGACGUCUUUGUCCAAUCUCAACUACAUGUGUGUUACUGCACAUUUCAUCGGUAGGGAUUGGAAGCUGUAUAAGAAAAUUAUCAACUUUGUUCAGAUAACAAAACAUUCUGGAAAUGAAAUUGGAAAACAGUUGGCUAGUUGUUUGGUGGACUGA